AGGAGAGUGGUUCUUGCGCAUCCAUCCUCGCCUUGGAUUGGCCGUGAGAUCUCGCGCGACUAGGACAAAAAAAAAAAAAAAAGCGAGUUGUGGGCAAGAUGGCGGCUACUGCUCCCGGCGUGGGCCGGCUAGAGGAAGAGGCCUUGCGGAGAAAAGAACGGCUGAAGGCCCUACGGGAGAAAACAGGGCGCAAGGACAAGGAAGAUGGGGAGCCGAAGACCAAGCAGCUCCGAGACGAGGAGGAGGAAGGCGAGAAGCACAGGGAACUCAGGCUGAGGAACUACGUCCCAGAGGAUGAGGACCUGAAGAGGAGGAGGGUACCCCAGGCCAAGCCAGUUGCAGUGGAGGAGAAGGUGAAGGAGCAGCUGGAGGCCGCCAAGCCUGAGCCCGUCAUUGAGGAAGUGGACCUGGCCAACCUGGCACCCCGGAAGCCUGACUGGGACCUCAAAAGAGAUGUGGCCAAAAAGUUGGAGAAGCUGGAGAAGCGGACACAGCGGGCCAUCGCCGAGCUAAUUCGUGAAAGGCUGAAAGGCCAGGAGGACAGCCUGGCCACUGCUGUGGAUGCCACCACCGAGCAGGAGGCCUGUGACUCUGACUGAGGUGGCUGCUACCUCCUUGCCUGUGACUCCGACUGAGAUGGCUGUUGCCUCCCUGCCUGCCAGGCCAACCUGUAGAUGGCCUCUGCAGGUGAGGCCAGAUUAAUGUCACCCUGGAUCUUAGACAGCCAAAGCAGGCUCGCUGGGGCUGAGGCCUGUGGCUAAGGACAGCUCUCGUCCCGAGGGUCCCUGCCUCCUGAGCGGGUAUGCCCACGCCCCUAUGUGUGUCUGUACCUGAACUUCCCCCAGUCUCAGAAGUAAAUCCCUAUGUGCAGCAAAAA